AUGCCGGAACACGUUUAUUCCGACAAUGGUACAAAUUUCGUGGGGGCUAACAAUCAGUUGAAAGAGAUAUACAUAUUACUUAAUUCCAAAGAGCAUAAUGCUGUGAUGAGCAAAUCCGCUAGAGUUGUAUCGUGUGGCACUUUAUCCCACCAACAGUUCCACAUUUUGGUGGACUAUGGGAGGCCACACUUAUUUACGUUUGAAGAACUGAACAUCUUCACAAUUGAAGUCGAGGGAAUCCUUAAUUCGAGACCCAUUAUCUCCCUAUCCUCCGAUCCCAAUGACAUGCUGGUAUUGACUCCAUCGCAUUAUUUGAUUGGCAAACCAUCAACCACCUUGCCGGAGGGCGACUUGUCGUCUGUUCCAGCUAACAGAUUGUCUACAUGGCAAUAUUACAAAGGAGCGACAAGACUUCUGGGCAUGCUGGAGUCUCGAAUACUUAAACGAACUCCAAAUGAAAAUUAA